UGGGUUGGCGCCGCGCUUCCCUGGGUCAGGAGCGCGAGGGAGCGCCAACCCGCCUGCCCCGGAGGCUUCGUUCCCUGCAAGCUGGGAAGGGGAUAUCGAGGACCUGCUUCCCACAGCGCGAGGGGCCCUUCGCCCAAUGCGGCCGGGAAGGAGAGGAGCGGAGUAGGCGCCGCCGGGGAAGCUUGGCCUGAGAGGCCCGCAAGAUGGACUGGCCAGGGCCAGGAACAGGGCCAGGGCCAGGGGCGGGUGGCGCAGCCCGAGGCCGUCGUGCCGCGGAGCCCGAGGAGGGAGGGCAGCGCUGGCCCGAGGAGCCCCCCAGCUCAGGCGCCGAGCGCUUCCGAAGGCUGUGCUACCGGGAGUCCCAGGGGCCGCGGGCAGUGUGCAGCCGCCUGCAGCAGCUGUGCCAUCAGUGGCUGAAGCCCGACAGGAGCACCAAAGCUCAGGUGGUGGACCUGGUGAUCCUGGAGCAGUUCCUGGCCGUCCUGCCCGCGGAGAUGGGGAGCUGGGUGCGGGAGAGCGGAGCAGAGACCUGCUCCCAGGCGGUGGCGCUGGCCGAGGGCUUCCUGCUGAGCCAAGCGGAGGAGAAGAGGCGGCAGAUGCAGGAGCCAUUGAUGAAGGUGGAAAUGGUCGCGGUAUCUCCUGAAGGCAGAGAAGCGCUCUCCGGUCUCUCUAUGGAGCAGCUAUUGGGAAGGAUCUCUGAGGAGGAUCCAACUCGGACCAUGUUGCCACGGAAUGGAAGGCUGUUAAUGGAAAUUGCUGAAACAUCCCCUCCUCUUUGUGCUGGCGCAGCAACAGCUCAGGGUUUGGUGUCUUUUGAGGAGGUGGCAGUGUAUUUCACAGAGGAGGAGUGGGCACUGCUGGAUCCCAGCCAGAAAGCCUUACAUGCGGAAGUCAUGAUGGAGAAUUCUAGGAAUGUGGCCACUCUGGCUUAUAGGCAGAAGCAUGAGAAUUUUAAGGAGCCCAGUGUAGUGCUAUUACAAGGGAUGCUUGGAAAUCAAGAGGCAUCACAAAGAAGUAAGAAAAACUGCAUAAUGAAUGGAGGGAAGAACUCUUCUCCUUUUGGAUAUAAUGAACUCCAUGACUUCCCAACCCAGCUAGUUCACCAACGAGAAGAAAAAGGAAAAUAUAUUGGAUGUAGUGAAAGAGACAAAGAGAAGUUUGAUUUCAGUAAACAUUGUACAACCCUGACUAAAGAAGAACAAUAUGAAUAUCAAGAGGAUGGGAGAAGUAUCAGUUAUACCUCCUCUUUUAAUUUACAUCACCAGUCAUAUCUGAAAGAAACACCAUAUACAUUUAUAAAUUGUGGGGAAAGUUUCAAUUUGAGCAGUCAUCUUAUUUCCCAUAAAAAUGAAAAACUGUAUGCGUAUGAAGAGGGUUCCAGUAAGAAACAGUUGCUUAUUUUACCUGCAGAAACUCCCCCACGGGAGAAACCAUAUAAAUGUCUGCAGUGUGGAAAGGCCUUCACUCAGAGAUGUAAACUUAUCAUACAUGAAAGGAUCCACACAGGGGAGAAACCAUAUGUAUGUCUGGUAUGUGGAAAGACCUUCACUCAGAGAUGUAAACUAAUCAUACAUGAAAGGAUCCAUACAGGGGAGAAACCAUAUAUAUGCCUGGUGUGUGGAAGAAGAUUCAAUCAGAGUGGUCACCUAACAAGACAUAAAAGAACCCACACGGGGGAGAAACCAUAUACAUGUCUAAAGUGUGGAAGGAAGUUCAGUGAAAGUUCAAGCCUUGUGAUGCAUGUAAGAAGCCACACGGGAGAGAAACCAUAUAUAUGUACGGAAUGUGGAAAGAGCUUCCGUCAGAACAGUGUCUUUGUUUGCCAUAAAAGGAUCCACACAGGAGAAAAACCAUACAAAUGCCUGGAGUGUGGAAAAAGCUUCAGUCAGAACAGUAGCCUUUUGAAACAUAAAAGAAUUCACACAGGGGAAAAACCGUAUCAAUGCCUGGAAUGUGGAAAGAGAUUCAGUGUACGCUCAGAUCUUACAUAUCACAGAAAAAUGCACACAGGGGAAAAAACACAUAAGUGCUUGGAAUGUGGAAAGAGCUUCAAUUGCAGCCGUUACUUUAUUCGCCAUAAAAAGAUCCACACGGGAGAAAAACCAUACAAAUGCCCGGAGUGUGGAAAGAGCUUCAGUCAGAACAGUCACCUUAUCAAACAUAAAAGAAUUCACACAGGGGAGAAACCAUAUCAAUGCCUGGAGUGUGGAAAGAGUUUUAGUGCAGCCUUGCAUCUUACAUAUCAUAGAAGAAUGCACACAGGGGAAAAACCAUAUAAGUGUUUGGAAUGUGGAAAGAGUUUCAAUUGCAGCAGUUAUUUUAUUUGCCAUAAAAGGAUUCACACAGGGGAAAAACCGUAUAAAUGCCUGGAAUGUGGAAAGAGAUUCAAUAGGAGCAGUCACCUUGCUUAUCAUAAAAGGAUGCAUACAGGAGAGAAACCAUAUAAAUGCACAGAGUGUGGAAAGAGCUUUUCAUAUAAUAAUGGCCUUAGAUACCAUCAAAGAAUCCACACUGGGGAGAAACCAUAUACAUGCUUAAAGUGUGGAAGGAAGUUCAGUGCAAGUGCAAACCUUAUGAUGCAUAUAAGAAUCCACACAGGGGAGAAACCAUAUAAAUGUAUGGAAUGUGGAAAGAGCUUCCGUCAGAACAGUGUCUUUAUUUGCCAUAAAAGGAUCCACACUGGAGAAAAACCAUACAAAUGCUUGGAGUGUGGGAAGAAUUUCCGUCAGAACAGUAACCUUAUCAUACAUAAAAUAAUCCACACUGGAGAAAAACCAUACAAAUGCACAGAGUGUGGAAAGAGCUUCAGUCACAAAAGUCACCUAACAAGACAUAAAAAAAUUCAUACAGGAGAGAAACCCUGUAAGUGCACAGAUUGUGGAAAGAGUUUCAGUCGGAAUAGUCACCUUACGAAACAUAAAAGAAUUCACACAAGAGAGAAACUGUAACUUGGCAGCUUUUAUCACAAGUAUUUUCUUCUCAUAAAGGGACCUACAAGGGAAAAACAGUAGAAAUAUGUGGACUGUAAAGUUCAGUUGCAAGAGUAGCAUUAUCAGAGCUAAAGGAAUCCACAUGGAGGAACCAUAAAAACAUCUGAAGUGUGGAAAUAGAUUAAAAAGGGGCACUGCACUUAUUUCUCAUAAGUCCUAUUGUGGGAAGAAUGCCCAGAGUGCAUAGAAACUCUCAAUAUCAGACUGAUCUUUUAAGACCUGUCGUCUUACAUCCCAGAGGGAUUCCACUCAGGACAGAAACUCUGUAAAUGAGUGGAAUGUGGCCCUGGCAAAGAACGCCCCCCUUUUGUUGCUUGAAAAUGAAUCAUAAUCAUUGCCAAAUAAUAUUUCUGAUAACCCAACAUGGGAAGCCAUAUUGUUUUGAAUGUGAUGCACAUAAAAGAGGCGAAGGGUUUUUGAUCAUGCCGUGUGGAUACCAUUUUGAUCCCCUGCAGAUACCCUUAAUACCCUGGAGCUGAGCUUGACUUGUUAUAACUUCCUCCAUUCAGUUGUUCUUGGCAUUAUUACCGCUUUGACAUUUUUUAAUGACUUUUUUUCCUUCCAACCUGCAGUGCUAAUGCUCCAGGUGAUCGUAGUCCUGUGGCCCAGCUUCACUUUUGAGAUCAGCCUGGGUUAGUAACUGCUGUCACUUGUUGAGGCAUAAGAGGUCCUAAAUAUGCACUCACAAACAUUUUCUAUGAGAAAAGGAAAGGUAUUGGUAAAGAAAAUGUGUUGAAUAAGAAAAGAUUGAAGAACCCCAAAGAGGAAUGCCUGGAGGAGGAGUUGUUGUUGUUGUUUAGUAUUGUUGGUCGCACAGUCAGCCAAAUGUUUAGACUGGACUUGGC